GAUACUGGGGGGGCGGGGCUGCGCCUGCGCAACAAGUUCGGCGGGGAAGAUGGCGGAUGACAAGGAUUCUCUGCCCAAGCUUAAGGACUUGGCGUUUCUCAAGAACCAGCUGGAGAGCUUGCAGCGGCGUGUGGAAGAUGAAGUCAGCAGUGGUGUGGGCCAGGAUGGCUCGCUGUUGUCCUCCCCAUUCCUCAAGGGCUUCCUGGCUGGCUAUGUGGUGGCCAAACUGAGGGCAUCAGCAGUAUUGGGCUUUGCCGUGGGCACCUGCACUGGCAUCUACGCAGCUCAGGCAUAUGCUGUGCCCAAUGUGGAGAAGACAUUGAGGGAUUAUCUGCGGUCACUGCGCAAGGGGCCCGACUAGCUCUGG